UCGCGCGCGGGCGGUGUCGGCAGUGGCGGGCCGGGGUCUGCGGGCAGUGUGGGCAGCUGCGUGUGCCAUGGGGCGGCGGUCGCGGAUCCGGCGGCUCCAGCAGCAGCAGCAGCAGCAGCAGCCCGAGGGCUCAGAGGACGCCACCCAGGGCGGCGGGAGGCGCAACAAUGCGGGCUGGGAAGGGGGGUACCCCGAGAUCGUCAAGGAGAACAAGCUGUUCGAGCACUAUUACCAGGAGCUGAAGAUCGUGCCCGAGGGCGAGUGGGACCAGUUCAUGGAAGCGCUCAGGGAACCCCUCCCGGCCACUUUAAGGAUUACAGGUUACAAAAGUCAUGCAAAAGAGAUUCUCCAUUGCUUGAAGAACAAGUAUUUCAAGGAAUUGGAGGACCUGGAGGUGGAUGGUCAGAAAGUUGAAGUUCCUCAGCCACUAAGUUGGUAUCCUGAAGAACUUGCCUGGCACACAAAUUUAAGUCGGAAAAUCUUGAGAAAGUCUCCGCAAUUGGAAAAGUUUCACCAUUUUCUGGUUAGCGAAACUGAAUCUGGAAAUAUCAGCCGUCAAGAGGCCGUCAGCAUGAUCCCACCACUGUUGCUCAGUGUUCAGCCUCAUCACAAGAUUUUAGAUAUGUGUGCAGCCCCUGGAUCAAAGACCACACAAUUAAUUGAAAUGCUACAUGCGGACAUGAAUGUCCCUUUUCCAGAGGGGUUUGUCAUCGCGAAUGAUGUGGACAACAAGCGCUGCUACCUGCUGGUGCACCAGGCCAAGAGGCUCAGCAGCCCCUGCAUCAUGGUGGUGAACCACGAUGCCGCCAGCAUCCCCAGGCUGCAGAUCGACGUGGGUGGGAGGAAAGAGGUUCUCUUCUACGAUCGCAUUUUGUGUGAUGUCCCCUGCAGUGGAGAUGGCACUAUGAGAAAGAACAUCGAUGUUUGGAAAAAGUGGACUACCUUGAAUAGCUUGCAGCUACAUGGCUUACAGCUCCGGAUUGCGACACGAGGCGCUGAGCAGCUGGCAGAAGGUGGUAGAAUGGUGUAUUCUACGUGCUCGCUGAACCCCAUCGAGGACGAAGCCGUCAUAGCGUCUUUGCUGGAGAAAAGCGAAGGUGCUUUGGAGCUUGCUGAUGUUUCCUCUGAAUUGCCAGGAUUAAAGUGGAUGCCUGGAAUCAUGGAGUGGAAGGUGAUGACAAAAGAUGGGCAGUGGUUUGCCAGUUGGGACGACGUUCCUCAGAGCAGACACACCCAGAUUCGACCCACCAUGUUCCCGCCAAAAGACCCGGCAAAGUUACAGGCGAUGAACCUGGCGCGGUGUCUUCGAAUAUUACCACAUCAUCAAAAUACUGGAGGGUUCUUUGUGGCAGUAUUAGUGAAAAAAUCUUCCAUGCCAUGGAAUAAACGUCAGCCAAAGUGCAAGUCUUCAGAGACAAGAGAAACCAUAAAAUCCAGCCCUGUAGAUCCCAUGGAAGGGAAAGCUGUGGAAAGUAAACCGGUUACUGAAAUUGGUGACACAGAAGUACUUGAAACAACUGAGAGUUUAGAGAGUGAUGGAAAUAAGAAAGACGGCGUGUGCGGUCCUCCUCCAUCAAAGAAAAUGAGGUUGUUUGGAUUUAAAGAAGAUCCAUUUGUGUUCAUUCCUGAAGAUGACCCAUUGUUCCCACCUAUCCAGAAAUUUUAUGCUUUGGAUCCUUCAUUCCCAAAGAUGAAUUUGUUAACUCGAACCACAGAAGGGAAGAAAAGGCAGCUCUACAUGGUUUCUAAGGAGCUGAGGAAUGUGCUGCUGAAUAAUAGUGAGCGGAUGAAGGUUAUUAACACGGGGAUAAAAGUCUGGUGUCGAAAUAACAGUGGUGAAGAGUUUGACUGUGCUUUCCGGUUGGCCCAGGAGGGAAUAUACACCUUGUAUCCGUUCAUUAAUUCAAGAAUUAUUACUGUAUCGAUGGAAGAUGUUAAAAUACUACUAACACAGGAAAAUCCAUUUUUUAGAAAACUUAGUAGUGAGACGUACAAUCAAGCCAAGGACCUGGGGAAGGGCAGCAUCGUGCUCAAGUACGAACCGGACUCUGGGAAACCAGACACCCUUCAGUGUCCCAUUGUGUUAUGCGGAUGGCGGGGAAAGGCCUCAAUUCGUGCUUUUGUGCCCAAGAAUGAGCGGUUUCAUUAUCUCAGGAUGAUGGGGUUGGAGGUGUUGGACGAGAAGAAGAAAGAAGGGAUUAUUCUGACAGACGAGAAGAGUGCAGCCGGCUCCAAGCAGCCGGGGGACGAGGCGAGCGGGGAGCGGACAGAAGGGGCCGGUGGACCGGCGGGGCCUGUCCUGCCCGCUGAGGACGGGCACAGCCUGGCGCAGCCUCACUCUUGAGAAACGCCUUCCAGGCUGGUGGCUCCAGAACCAAGCCAGGACUUCUGGCCUGUCAAGUAGACAUUUUUAAAGACGGAAAACGGAUGGAGCGGCGUGAGCAGUCUUGAAUGGACUCAGGCUGCUUUUUUAUGGAGCUCAUGAAAUUCAACUAUUUUUUUAGCUUCUUCAGAGUUCAUUUUACCUUGUUUUUUGGCAAAACUGGGUUUGGUGUGUCUGCUGCUGGUAAUCGUCGGCUUUUACAGUAAAGUCUUCUAUCAAGAAACACAAUGAAAUUGUGCCUACAGAAAUUGUCAGGUCCCCUCUGUUAUGCCGGUAAUGGUCUUAGUUAUUUUUUUAAAUUAUUAUUUAUAGAAAGAAUCUCCAUCUGCAUACGGACCAUGGAAGAUUGUUGAAGCUUUACCAGUUGGAUGGCUUUGCUCAGUAGCCAGGCGACAGGGAUCUGCAGGAGGUUUAUCAUCGGAGUCCCCAGGGACUUCUGUGCCUUUUGUAAUAAAGGAUAAAGUAAACUUCCUCCAGGUGAACGCUGUGUUGUGAACUGUGAUGCCGACUAGGAGGGGUUUUUAUGUGUGCUUUGCAAUUUUUAUUUUUAAGAUGGGGUUUGGAAUCCUUGGAUAGUUAAAUAAAGAGUUAAUGGGUAUAU